UGGUAGUUCCUUUGAACUAAUAACUAUUAAAGAUGUGAUCGACUUUGUUGAUACUGCUUGGAAAAAGUCUGAAAAGCUUGUCCAAAUUAAUGAACCAGAUAUCACUAAUAAGAUCCAGGAUUUGAUUAUGUGCUUACCUCUCGACCAGCCUAUGAAUGUAGAAGAGUAUAUAAAUUCUGAUAACAACCUUAUUACCACUGAAGUGCCGAAUGAUGAUGAGAUAAUUGAAGCUGUAAAGAACCGUGAAUGUAUUAAACUAGAAGAUGAAGUUUCAAAUAAGCCAAUAUCUUUUGCACAA